GUCUGACAACGGUCAGACAGGCACGGUAGUGCUGCAAAAUUUUGUGCAAUCAUCUACAAUCAGCUCUUGUUAACGGCGGAAGGAACUUACGGCGUGUGAAAAAAUGGAUAUCUUUGAUUUUGUCAAGCUUCUUUCACUGCUAUGCGCAUUAGUGGCUAAUGUAAACAGUGCAGAUCGCACCAAGGUGGUGAUAAGCACGGAUGCAGGUGCAGAUGAUGCAUGGGCGUUGUAUUAUCUGCUGGAAGCUAAACAAGAAGUGGACGUACUCGCUAUUUGCUGCACGAAGGGCAACACCAAUGUUACAAAUGUGGCCACAAACGUGCUGCGAGUGCUCGAUGCCCUACAGCGUACGGAUAUUCCGGUAUACAUUGGUUCGAAUGAGCGGAUACUGCUUCCCGAGCCAUCGGUAAACCCGGACGAGAUGUACUUUGGCGCCGAUGGCUUUUCAGAUGUCGUCUUCGAACGGGAACCGACACGCGCUCCUUUACACGAGCGACAACACGCACUGCAAGAGCUAUACACGCUGAUAGACCAGCAUCCAAACGAAGUGAUAUUUGUUAACCUUGGUCCGCUGACGGAUCUUGCAUUGCUGUUGAAAGUUUACCCUGCUACACGCACGCUCUUGAAGGCCAUCUACCUGAUGGGGGGAAAUCGUCACGGCAUCGGUAACACGCAGAGUGCAGCUGAAUUUAACUUCUACAACGAUCCCGAAUCGGCUAGCAUCACGUUUAAUGCCUACCAAGGUCCGAUCGUUGUUAUACCAUGGGAAACGGCCUUGCGCCCUAACCUUGUUACCAGCUUCGAGUGGCGGAUGGACGUGCUGGGGAAUAGCAACAAAACAAUCGUCGACAUUUUGAACCAGGUCGAACGUGUAGCGCUAGAAAAGCUGCCGGAAAAGGAUCGCAUUUGGAUGCCUUGCGAUUUGCUGGUUUCGAUGCUGCUGGUACACCCUCACCUGCUCGUGGAAAGUAAACGGUACAGCGGAGACGUUGAGUUGAAUGGCCGGCUAACCCGCGGCCAAUUGGUGCUGGAUCACAUGAACGAAGGCAGUGGUAAUGUGACGAUCGUGGAUAACUUGGAUGAGGCGAAGGUGAAACAAUAUUUGUUGAAUUUACGUUAAAGUAUAGUUCGUUAGAAUUGAUAUCAAAUACAAAUUGAAACAGGCUUCGUUAUUCCCGUUCA